AUGAAUAGUGAUAGUGAUAACGACCCUAGGUAUUCAUCGUCACAAUCGUCAUGUGAGGAGAUAUUUUAUCACAAUAAGGAUCAUUUAGUGCUGUUUGAACUUCCUAUGAUCCACGAGACAUUAAGACCACAUAUAUCAGUAGAAAAAUGGGACGGUGAUCAUGUACGAAUGCCAUUUUCAAAGGAAUCAAAGUUUGUUGAAAUUUAUGACGGUAAUAAGAAGAACAUGAGAUUUAGAUGGGAUCUUAUAAUCAAGAGCUUAAAGACUGACUACACUACAAGCCAUGAUUUAGAAAAUGCUAUUAUAAGCUACAACACAAGAUAUGAGAAGAUCUGGAACUUUAAAGCACUGCAUAUAUUAAUAGAAUCACAAAUGGAUAUAGCAAACAAGAACAAAUUCUUAAGAAUAACACUUCCAAAAAUCAUAGAUUUAGCAUUAAAAAUGCCAGACUUGAUUAAAUGUUCAAUUCCAUUGCUCAAAAAAGGAAUGAAUAAGUCAAUUUCAAUGACACAGGAACAAGCAGCAACAAUAUUAGCUAAUGCUUUUCUAUGUACAUUCCCAAGAAGAAAUACAACGAAAAGAGAAUCAGAAUAUGGUAAUUAUCCAGAUAUCAACUUCCACAAGUUAUUUAAUGGCGAGGAUCAAAAAGUGAUAGAAAAACUCAAAUGUAUUAUUAAUUAUUUCGAAAGAGUGAUAAAAGAGAUGCCAAAAGGCAUUUUGACAUUUACAAGACGAUCAAUACAACGAAAUCAAUUUCCAAAUUGGAAGGAAGAAAUUAAAACGUUUCAAAAUCUAAAAUAUUCAAUAACAUCCGAAAAUAAAAUCGAGGAUGCAUCAGGAAUGCUUCAAGUGGAUUUUGCUAAUAAAGCUAUAGGCGGUGGAGUUUUAGGAAAUGGAGCUGUUCAAGAAGAAAUCAGAUUUUGUAUGAAUCCUGAAUUGAUUGUUGCUCGAUUAUUCACAGAAUGUCUUGAAAAUGAAGAAUCAUUUAUAAUGAUUGGAACUGAACAGUUUAACAGCUACUUUGGAUAUGCCACAAAUUUUAGAUUUGCUGGAAAUUUUAUCGACAAGACCGAAUCUGAUAAUUUCCGUAGAAAGAAGUGCCAAAUUGUAGCUAUUGAUGCUUUUAGGUACGAUAAUUAUAAGGAACAGUUCACAGAAGCAAAUCUCAUACGUGAACUUAAUAAAGCAUAUUCAGGCUUUUACAAUCAAUACAAAAGUAAACAAGCUAUUGCAAGUGGUUUUUGGGGAUGUGGAGCAUUUAAUGGACAUCCAAUCAAAUCUGCAUUAAUUCAGCUGAUGGCAUGUCGCAUGACAAGAAGAUAUUUGGUAUUUUUUACGUUUAAUGACGAAGAAAUGAAAUUAUAUCUUGAAAAUUUGUUCGAGUUCCUUGUCAACAAUUCCAUUUCCAUCUCACAACUACUUCGACUGCUGUUAAACUUCUAUCCAAAUGCUCAAAGUAAAAAUCCACUCGAUUUACUACAAUUUAUUCAAAAUAAAUGUAAUAAUGUUGAUGUCGAUGUCGAUAUGUCAAACAGAGUGCCAGAAAAUAGCAAAAACAAUCAGUUACAGCCACAGAAGAAGCUCAAACUUCCAUCAACAUCAAACUAUCCGAAACUAGAACAAUUUGGCUUUAAACCACAAUUAUUUGAUGUUAAAAAAGUUCAAUCACCGAAUUUCAAGCCACAGCCAUCAACGUAUAAGCCUCAGUCAACAAUUACUCAACAGCCAACAAAGUCGGUUGAAAAAAUCUUUGACUUGACUAAAGAUGAGACUGAAUCAGAAACAAAAGGGUCAAAUAAUUAUUUGCGUUAUUCAGAAACUCGACAUAAAAGUGAUAAGGAAAGAUUUGAGAGCGUCAUGAAGCCAUUUAUGUCUGCUCGAGAAAAUAAUGUAGCACAGUGUGUGAUCGUCAACGAACGCAACAUUCCUGAAAAGAAGAAAGUCGAGAAAAAGUCGAACAAUUCGUCAUUACUAUUUGCACUUGAAGAUGACUUUUAUAAGAAUUAA